AGCACCCCCCACAGCAGAGCCGGGAAUGUAACAUGGCGCAGGCGGAGGAUGCGGAGCAGCGGCAGAGCAUGUAGGACAAUAAGAGGCCGGAGCAGCAGAGCAGGGGGGCCGGAGACGGAGCCCCCCGAGCAGCCAGUCCAGCAGCGCCAUUCCGCCUCUCUGUGCGCCCACAACACUGCAAAAUGUUGAUAGUUGAGAAGACGACGGACUACCCCUCCACGGAGUAUUCUCUAGUGGAAGAUGUCGCCCUUCACUUCACCUGUCUAAUGGACAGACUCAACGAACAGCGUCUGUUCCAGCCUGACCUCUGCGAUGUGGACAUCGUGCUGGUCCAACAGAAAAGCACCUUCCCCGCUCACAAGGGCGUCCUCGCUGCUUACAGCCAAUUCUUCCAUUCUCUCUUCACCCAAAACAAGCAGCUGCAACGGGUGGAACUGUCCCUGGAGGCCUUGACGUCCCGAGGUUUCCAGCAGAUCCUCAACUUCAUCUACACCUCCAAGCUGUUAGUCAACGGCUGCAACGUCCAGGAUGUCUUAAACGCCGCUGCCGUGUUACAGAUGAACGAAAUUGUGACGUCGUGCCAGGAGCUCAUUCACAGCAGGUCACUGAACCUGUCCAUGGCUAAUGACAUUUUGGACACGGAGGACACUCGAAAUGAUACCACCACGGUCAUGCAGCCGCAGUUCUAUAGGGAGAUAAAACAGGAGGUGGACGCACCUCCGACAAAAAUUUAUGCCCGGGAGGGAAAUGAUCCCUACUCUGUUCGAGUAGAGGACAGUGUAACUAAAGGACAUUCAUCCAACGCUGCGUCACCAAAACAGUAUUUUAAAGAUGAGGAUAGGAGCGGGGCCCGGGUCUGUAAAAUCGAAGGGGCCGACUCGGAAGAGGACCUGGAGACCCAAGAGUCCUAUAACCGAGAGCAGAUCAUCGUAGAGGUCAACUUAAAUAACCAGACACUAAAUGUUUCUAAAGGGACUGAGGGGAAGGGGGGCCCGACCGAUCCAGUAGCUGUUCUGGACCGAUCGGACGGGGACGAUCGGGGAUCGGAAGAAGACGGAGAUGACGAGAACGAGGAAGAGGAAGGUGGCCUGGAAGAGGAGGAGGACUUUCUCGACAUGCUGGAGGACGAGGAAGAUGACAUCUUGCCAAGCGAAGAAGAAGACCUAGAAGAACCCCGCGAGGAGGAAGAAGAGGAGGAAGAGGAUGACGAGGAGAAGGACAAUGAUGAUUCAGCAGAGACAGCCAAAGAUGAAAACUCCCCGGAAGACGGGAGCAAGUCGCCGAGCGAAAACGAGUCCACCAAGUUGUCUAAAGGUGCAAAAGGUUCACGUAACCGAGGAGCUGGUGCGAGGCGGAAGAAGAAAGGACAGGAUGCUUUGGGGCAAAAGGCCAAAUUUGAUGACAAGCAGCACUUCCCAUGUAAGAAGUGCCCUAGAGUUUUUAAUAAUAGGUGGUAUCUGGAAAAGCACAUGAACGUCACCCACAGCCGCAUGAGGAUUUGCGAUAAAUGUGGCAAGAGGUUCCUUCUAGAGAGCGAGCUGAUGCUUCACCACCAGACAGACUGUGAAAAGAAUAUACAAUGUUUAACAUGCGGGAAAACCUUUAAGAAGCUCUGGUCCCUCCAUGAACACAAUAAGAUCGUCCACGGCUACGCAGAGAAAAAAUUUUCUUGUGACAUCUGUGAGAAGAAAUUCUACACGAUGGCUCACGUACGAAAGCACCUUGUCGCUCACACGAAGGACAUGCCUUUCACCUGUGAAACCUGUGGGAAAUCCUUUAAACGUAGCAUGUCUCUGAAGGUCCACUCUCUGCAGCACUCCGGGGAGAAACCCUUUAAAUGUGAGAACUGCCAUGAGCGAUUCCAGUACAAGUACCAGCUGCGGUCGCACAUGAGCAUACACAUCGGGCACAAGCAGUUCAUGUGCCAGUGGUGCGGCAAAGACUUCAACAUGAAACAGUAUUUUGAUGAACAUAUGAAGACCCAUACCGGAGAGAAACCUUUCAUCUGCGAGAUCUGCGGCAAGAGCUUCACCAGUCGGCCUAACAUGAAGCGCCACCGCCGGACGCAUACUGGAGAGAAGCCUUACCCCUGCAGCGUGUGCGGACAGCGCUUCCGGUUUUCCAACAUGCUCAAAGCUCACAGGGAAAAGUGCUUCCAAGGCGGGAACCCCCCUACUCCCGGGAGUCCUGGAACAGCAGCGAGUCUCUCCGCCUCAUCACAAAGCGGCAACUCACCGAGCCAGUCCAGCCCCGGCCUCUCCCCCACUUUGCCCCAGCAUCCUCUCUCUCUGCCCCUCCUGCACUCUCUCCCACACAGCAUGCCUCCGCCAUCGCACCAUCUGCCGCCUCCGCCCCCUCUCUUCCCCGCCGGCCGUAUAAACUCUAACAUCAACUAGACCAAGCUAAGACUGGCCCAACCGCUCAGAAGUGCUCCCUCCAAGACAACGCUGUGGCAUCAUGGCCGAAUAGUUUCCUUUUUUCUACAUUUUGUCCGUCUCUGUUCAGAUGUGGAGGGGGAAGGAGGUGGACGUCCCGGCUCAUUCUCCGCCAUCGUUGCGCUCUUGCACAUGCUUGCAGCAUUAAGAUACAGUGGUGAGGACACCGCUACAAGCAGACUUCUCACUACUGUGCUCUUUUUGUUUUUAGUACAUAUUAAUGUUAAUAUGGGAAAUUCCGAUUUUUAUUAUCUUUUAACUUUGUAUCAUUUUUAUUUAAAGCUGCCCAACUAAGCCCAUUGCGCCGUAGCGCAGAGGUCCUAUAUAUGCACAGCCACCCCCGGCCACACAGUUGUGUGGGGUGUAGGGUCGCCACCCAGACUCAUGGAAGACGUGGACGUCCUGGCAGAUGCGGAAAAAGUACGAUCAGGAAUUGUAGGCUACCCUGCCUAAAUCUAUCGGGUGGCGGCGAAUCCCCCGUCGAGGAAGCAGAGAUAUAUUUUAAGUAGUAAUAUAGAAGCUGUUUCACCCCCAAGUCUGUAUGUUGGUUUAAUAAACCAGUGCACCCCCAAAAACACAAAAAAUAAUGGUUCAUGAAGGUGGCCGCCAUAUUGACUGUGUCCGCAACAUUUCAUCAUGACUUACGUUGGUUGCUUCCUAGUAUCUUACAAUAUGUGAUUGAUGGAGGCUAUUCCUGUUAUAUAAAUGGGGGGGGGGGGUGUUGUAUUUAUGGCCCAAAAUUUAUCAAAAAGUUUCUCCAGUGUGAAUGUAGCAUAGAAUAAUGACUGGAAAAUAGGAUGGGCAGAAAUCGGUAAGGGGCACCUCCCACUUCCUGGAUAGACUCCACCCUAUCGAUCGUGAGAGGAUUUGUAACCCCCUCGCCCAGGAAGUGCCUCCCUAUCUGAUCAGUACAUGGCCUACCGAUACUUCUCCUCCUCUUAUUGGGGUUGGCGUGUUCAUUUUACAUGCUAUGACAUGCUUGUCUUGCAUGUUCUUUGGGCAGCCACUGUAAGCCUGUACAGCGCCAUAUUGUCUCGGCCUUCCAUUGGAGGUGUGUGUCCCGAAAUCCUCCCAACAUGCAUCUCUAAUGGUAGGCACAAAUGUAAUGGGAACAGGGCCUUGGGAAGUAUUGCAGAAAUACAAGUUUAUCAUUCAGAAAUCUACAGGAACUCAGAAUACAAUUACUUGAGGUGGAACAUGGAGGAAGCAUUUGCCGAUGCGCAAACUACUUCCUGUUAAAAUGCAAAUGGAAGUUUUCUCCAUGUUUUGCUUUUCUCCGCAUGCUUCCUUCUGCCAGCAUAUAGAAUAGGUUUGUCCAUUCUUUUCUUGGCUGUCAUUAAAACAAAUCUCCUAUAAAACAUCCAGCAUUCUGCCCUUUAUAUUAUCUUUAUAGGCGCUGGAGCUCUGUUUCUUUUCGGAUACAGAACCCCAAAUCCCCUACACAGAUAUACAUGAUAAAAUUUGAUGUUCCUGCAGCCACCACCAGGGGGAGCUCACUGCAUACUGUUACUGUAGAGAUCAAUGUAUAAACAGGAUGUUGUAAGCUCCCCCUUGUGGUGGCUGUAGGUAGUCACAGUUUUAUCAUUAUUAGAUAUGUCUGUCCAUAAUAUUAUACAAAAAAUUAUUAAGCGAGGGUUUUUCUGACCUUAUUUAAAAAAGUUGCUUUUUUUUUUAUCCAGCACAAAUAUGGAAUCAAUAGUGACCUGAUCAUUAGUGCUGUGCAUACACCAUGUGAACAACGUGCAAGAUCUGUUAUCUGAAUUUGUGUAAAGUAGACGUGUUUCUGUAAAAUGACGGGAUGACUACCUGCCAACUCAAUUCAUCUAGCCAUUUUUUGGGGGGGGCGGAGUCUUUACUUAUGACAGGUUAGUUGUACAUGGUUCACAGAUGGACCCCCUUAAAGGGUGUAUAUACUUUUGCAACCUGCUCCGGUGUGUCUCAAAACAACUGUGAAAGUAGUCCCGAUGAAAACUCCAUUGUACAGAUCUCCAUGGUUACAGACUACACACAAUCCCCGUGUAGUCGGAUCCUACAGCUCUGCCCUAUUCAAGGUAAGCUAUGAGAAGGCUGCGGCCUCAUUAAACAGCUGAUGGGGAAGGGUCCUGAGUGUCAGACCCCCCGCUGACUAGUUACUUAUGACCUGUUCUGAAGAUAGGGCAUCAGUAUAAAAGUUGGAAAACUCCUUUAAGAGACAGUUUCACAUAGGAGCUGCAUGCAUAAAGCAGCAGAUUUUUUUGCAAAGUUGCACUUUUUUUGCUUUUUGAUGCAUUGAGGCAGUAAAUAAUGCCGGUUCCUAUAGCAUACACACCCUUUAAGCAUUGGGUUAAUAUGGCAGCUGCUCUUUUAUAGGUGGUGUAUCACAGUCUAGAUUGACACCAUGACUCUUGCCCCCAGGCCUUUUCUAAUAAGCUUCCAUAGCGUUGUCUUUCCCUCAGUCCGAGAACUGAACAAUUCCGCCCCCUCCCAAGCACCUUUUGUACCGUGUGCCGCUCUCACAAAAAUGAAUAAAUGCCAAAGUCCCCAUUUUCGCUAUUGUAAUGUUUUUCAGGGAACAUAUUUGCAAUAAUGGGUGUUAUGUGCCAUUCUGCGGGCCCAGAUACAGGGGCUGAAUGAUGUAUGACCUUCAGCUGUACAAUAUGUAAGGGGGGACCUGAUCUUAUGGGAGAUGUCUUAUAGAUUGGAGGAGACGUGCAGAUAGACAGCACUUAAUGAACUCUUUUCUUUCUCUGUUGUACAAUGUGUUAAAUUUCUUUAAAAAAAUAAAAAAUAAAUCCGUCAAGGAGGCACCCUAAGUGUAGGUUCACCUUUAAACUCUAUAUAUAUUUGCGUGCUCCCUUACCCCACUGAAAACUAAGCCCAUAUCCCAUGGUGCAGUGUUCUCCACUACAAAAAUGUAUUUAUGUAUUUUCAUGGUGCAGAGCUCUGUCAGUCACCACUAGAGGGAGCUGAUGAGCUCCUCGGGGGCGGGUCCUUCGGCAGGUUAAGCUUGGUUGACAUCAUGUUUUUCAUGUAUGUUCAGCUCCUGACAUACACGCUAAGUGUGUCCAUAGGACUACUUUUGCCGGACUGAAAGCAAAAGACAGUCCUCUUUGCCUCCGUCUGGUUGGUAUACCCUGGAAUACCGCUAAACAAAGAGGAUGUAAUAGCGUAGUAGAGCGUUCACUAUUCAUUCAUUGAUAUCUAGUUAGUGUCCAAAUGUAUUUUUAUUUUUUUUCGCCAUUGGGACUCUAUUAGUGACAGAUGUCACCGUAUGGCCUCCAUCGCAUCUAUUCAACAUAGCGGCAUAUACGUUACACAGAGGCCAUGAACAUGAUGUGAACCAAACCUUAGUGUGCUUUGUAAGGACUAUGCCUUUUAGAACGCAAAGUAGAAGAGUGUUGUCUAUAAGACACUGAAGCAGCAGGAGGAUACUUGGAGGUGUGAGAUCGGUAUAAAUCAAAAGUGGAACCUGCACUUAAAGGGAGUCUUUCACCUAAUCUGAGCGUGAAAGAUCAGGUUAUAGACUCUUUGACCCUCAUUACAAUCGUACCUUUC